AUGGAUUCCUGCCGCGUCUCUCGCCGCAGAUUGCGGGUUCAACCAGGAGCCACGUGUCUUCUCCAUGUCGCGAUUUUCCGUCGGGUUACGUUUCUCCUCCAUGUCGUAGCCUUUGUUCGUGUCGCUGAUGGUCUCGUUGACUGCCAUAAUCUUACCAAUCCAAGUGAAUCGUCAAACCUCCUCUCGAACCCUAGCUUCGAUACAAGCUGUCUCGACACUGGAUGGCGUCGCAAGAAGCUGAACGCAUCCUGCGAUCCAUGGCCGUACUUAUUCCCGUGGCGCGCCUUGGAACCUGGAGAAACAAUUUCAACCGACGAGUUCUUAGCCACCGCCGCAUCUGGCGGCGCAAAACUCGGACCAUUGCUUACGUCAGCCGGUGCGACACUGGCGGAAGCGAUCGCGACAGCCGCGGGGGCGGCGUCGGCUGCUGACGUGUCAAUAAAUAAUGGGGUCACGGGAGUCACGGACACCCUACUGGCAGCUGACGGGUCCCGUUUCUUACGGCUGACGUCCGCUAUUUCCGCGUCGCUUAGUGACGACGACGCUUCUGGAAGUAGCAAUGGUAGCAACUCUAGUAGUAGUGGUAGCGCGUUUGGCGGCCCAGGCGUGGCGCAAGCGCUGUGCGAACUCAAACCCGCCGCGGCGCCGACCAUCAAUGUGUCGCAGCAGGCGCAGCAGCAGCAGCAGCAGCAGUCCCCGCGCCAGCUGUCCCUCUCGUUCUUUGCGCGCGCCAGCCUGUGCGCGGAAGGGGAAGAGGGCGCGGAAGGGGAGGCGGAGCGGCUGUUGAAGGUGCUGCUGCUGGCAGUUCCGCUGAAUGCUUCCGGCCCCGCCACAGCAGGGGGAGAUGGAACAACUGGGGGAGGGGGGGAAGGAGGAGCAGGGGAGCAGGUGUGGGCGGAGUGGCGGGUGGGCGUGCCGUGUGGGGGGAGCAGAGCGACCAACCCGUCCCCCCUCAAACGCUUCUCCCACUGGCCGCUCUCCAGAGCCCAUCCGCUCCUCACAGCCGGUUCAGCACGACGCAAUUCAUCCUCUCUCUCCCUCACCACGCUCUCUGACCUCAACGCUGCUGCUCUCGCGCUGCACCCCGCCCCCUUCGCCCUGCUCGCCCCCGCCACGCCCUCCUCCCCCUGCCGCCCCUUCUCCUUCUCCACCUCCUUCGCCUUCCGCAUCUCCUCCCCCAAUGCUGCCGGGCUGGGCGGCGAGGGCUUGGCGUUUGUGAUGCUGCCGACGCCCAUGCUCGGCCUGCCAGGGCCCUCUUUGGGCUACGGCCGUGUGCUGCUGCCCCCGGGGAGCACGACUGGCGCUGAUAAUUCCAGUGACGUGUCAUCUCAGGUACGUGUCAUCUCAGGUACGUGUCAUCUCAGGUACGUGUCGUCUCAGCCACAGCAGCACAGGAGCCUGGCAGUAGAGUUUGACACGUCCUCUUCUCCUCAGUUCUUCGACCGGCCCGACCACCACGUGGGGGUGAACCUGCACAGCAGCAUGCUCUCUCUCGCCUCUGUCCCCGUGCACCCCCUCGGCAUUCCCGCCCUCAACGCCGGUCAAACCCUCCUCGCCACCAUCCAGUACAACGCCUCCUCCUCCCACCUCACCGUCUACCUCUCCCCCGCCCCCUCCUCCUCUCGUUCUUCCUCCCCCACCUCCCCUCCUCUCCCGCGCUCUGCUGUCCUCUCCAUGUUCCUGGACACCUGCGAGUGGCUGGGGGGAAACGACCCAGAGGCAGCAGCGCCCCCCUCGCCACUGUUUGUGGGAUUCACAGCGGCCACGGGCAAGGGGGCGGAACAGGCUCAGGCGCACGAGGUGCUGGGGUGGAGCUUUGAGGUCAGAGAAGGUGCGUUGUUUGAGUGGCCUUAA